AUGUCCGCCUCCGCCUCCGCCGACCUCCACUCCACCGACCGACAAAUCCUCAAAGAAACCUUCGCCAACACCGACCCCUCCACCCACACCUCCCACUGGGAAUCCCUCUGGUCCAAAUCCACGACACCGUGGGACCGUUCCGGCCCCUCCCUCGCCCUCAAAGACGCCAUCCUCUCCAAACCCUCCAUCUUCGGCCCCACCCCAUCCAGCAAAGACCAAUCCACCACGUGCAGAAAACGAGCCCUCGUACCAGGUUGCGGAAGAGGCUACGACGUCCUCCUCCUCGCCUCCUUGGGAUACGACACCGUGGGCUUGGACGCGAGUAAAACCGCCAUCGCCGCCGCCGAGUCCCUCAAGAACACCCUCACUUCCCAGCCAGACCCAGCUUACGCCCCUCCCGCGGAGUCAGACAUUACACCGGGAACAGCGACUUUUCUCGAAGCAGAUUUCUUCAAAACAUUACCCUUGUUGCCAAAGAAUGCUGAGGGAGAGGAAGAAACUUUCGACCUCAUCUUCGACUACACCUUCCUCUGCGCUCUCCCGCCUUCUCUCCGCCCUGCCUGGUCGGCACGUUUACACUCCCUCCUCACUCCCGAGACAGGGCGGCUGGUGUGUCUGGAGUGGCCGUUGCAUAAAGCUCCCAGCGAGGGUGGGCCGCCGCAUGGGUUGACGGGGGAGUUGUAUGGGGAGUUACUUGGUAAGCCGGGUGGGGAGGUGGAGUAUGACCUCGACGGGGUGGUGGUUGUGGGGAGUAAUCGUGGGAAUGGGAAGGGGAAGGAGGGAGGGUUCGAGAGGGUGGAGAGGUGGAUGCCGGAACGGACGCAUGAGGCGGGGAAGGGGAAGGAUUAUGUCAGUGUUUGGAGGAGGGUGUGA